GUAUGGACCUUCAGAGCCACCACACUGUGGUAUUUCUUCUGCGCACGCGUGUUGUGGGUUGCAUUAAGCUAUCAGAGAAGCAUCGUUUUAAAACAUGUCAGAGAAAGGAGAAGUGGAUUUAACUGGUGCCAAGCAGAACACGGGUGUGUGGCUUGUAAAGGUGCCCAAAUACCUGUCUCAGCAAUGGGCAAAAGCGACUGGCAGAGGCGAUGUGGGGAAACUCCGAAUAUGCAAGAAAGGAAACCAAGGAAAAGCAGAGGUGUCUUUCACUUUGAACGAAGAGCUGACUGUGAUUGAGGGUAUCGAAGAUAAGACGGUGACUGCGCCUCGCGACCACCCGUUCACCAUGCAGUCAGUGGGAGGUCAGACGUUGGCGGUCUUCACAGAGACUUCAUCAGGCCAGUCAGAAGAAAGAUCUGAUGGCAGCAGCUCAGUUUCGGGGGCGGGGGCAGGUCCAGAUAAAAUAGCUUUGGAUGGAGUGGUGGUGCAGAGAGCAGAGUGCAGACCUGCUGUUAGUGAAAACUACAUGAAGCUCAAGAGGUUACAAAUUGAAGAGUUGUCCAAGCCCGUCAGGCUGUCCCAGCAGCUGGAGAAAGCCGUCACCAGCAACUACAAACCUGUGGCCAAUCAUACGUACAAUCUCGAGUACGACCGGAAAAAGAAGGAGGAGGGCAAGAGAGCAAGAGUAGACAAACAGCAGGUGUUGGACAUGUUGUUCUCUGCUUUUGAGAAGCACCAGUACUACAACAUCAAAGACCUGGUGGAUAUCACCAAACAGCCUGUGAUUUACUUGAAGGAAAUCUUGCGUGAUAUUGGCAUCUACAACGUGAAGGGAACACACAAGAAUACCUGGGAGCUCAAACCAGAAUACCGACAUUACCAAGGCGAUGAAAAGACUGACGAAUAGUUUCUGACCCUCCCAAGGCCAAUACCUCCACCUUUUAAUUCAAGCAGGGGGGGAGGGCCCUCUCAGACCAGGCCUUGGUUGGACCUUGGAAUGCUCUCCUGAUUUCCUUACAUCAGGUCCCAAAACACACUGGAUGAUGAGGUCGAGCAAAGGUUGUAUUUUACAGGGAGAGGUUGUUCCAUCUUCUUGUUUUGUAGGAGACAAGAAGAAGGGGGCAUUGAGAAACUAGGUUUUACACCGUCUCUUCCUCAUUAGUCGUUCUAUCCAUCAGAGAUUCAGGACAUUUUAUGAAGCAAAAGAUGUAUUUAUGAACUCUGGUUCUUAGCAUUGAAUUAUUUUUAAAUGUUUUGACACAAGUAUAUCCAGAGGUAAGGGGUUUAUGUUUAGAGGAUAAACAUUUAAGAGGAAGGAUGUGACACAGUUAAUAGCUCUCCGCUAUCUUGAUAUGUGCUGAGGACGUUUUUUUCUAGAUGUUUUGUAAUUUUACUUUUUUGAGAUGUGUUCUUCAAAAUAGCAACUUGGGCUGAUUCGGGAUGACAAAUUCAGCCUGAACUUGCGUUGACAUUUUAAGACCAGUGCCAUUGUUGUAAUUCUUCCUACGUUUGUGCUUAAGGUGUGUCCUCGUAUUUGCCCAUCUUCUCUGUACUUUUAAAUAGUUUUACAAUUGACUGACUUAUGCAAUAAAAGUUUCAAUAGAAAAAACGUU